UGUGCACUUGCGUUUUGCUCGUGACAAAAAAACAAUGUGAAUCACACGGUUUUAUUCGUCACCUUAGCUGUUUCAAAGCUUAAUGGUGCAGUCUUCUCUCAUGAUGGCAUCCGAAGAAAUACCGAUGAUGGACGAUUUGAAAGCAGAAAAGAGUUGAAUGUUGAACCCGACGAAGAGUUCAAAGAACAGUUUGAUCAAGAUUUUUGGAAAGAGGUUGACCGGAAGUACAGAAAUGGCCUGUCGUUCAACAAAGCAAUGGAUGAAGUACGGGCAGAGAGGUUGAUGAAGAAGCAUGGUGACGAUGUUUUAUUGGUGAUUAUUUACAAAUGGCCAAAGAUGAAGAUUUUCCGAAACAAUCCUGAACGCAUUGCAAGCUUGGAAUACCUUAUAGUAAGACUUAUUGAAAUCAUUAUUACUUAUGAUGGUCUCGGCGACUAUGAAGAAUAUCGUUAUGAAGAUAUCGAUGAAGAGCCAACUCUUCUACAUCUUGCCGUCCUACAGAAUUUUUCACAAGUAUGUCGUUGUCUAGUUGAGAAAUAUCCUGGUUUGAUUGCCUUGAGAACACGGGAAGGUCGAGACAGCAAGCUUCCCGUGGAGUGGGCUUUAGAAGGCCGUAAGGAUGAUGCUGCUGCUUACCUUAUUUCUCAAAUGAUUUAUGAUCGUGUUCAGAGUUUGUUUCUUUCACGAGAUAAUGAGACUCCUUCGAAAUUCUACUUUGGUGACAUCAUUAAUUAUCAAGAUCCAAAAACUGGGGAAUGUGGUAUGAAGAAAACAGUCAAAGCAGUAUUGAACAAACUGAUCAAUCCUCGUUGGCCAUAUCUACCGGACUGCCAUAAGCACGAGGAGUACAGCGAUGAUAUACAGCGUGCCAUAAGCAAUGUCCCCGAUAAUCCCAUGAACUAUGAUUUCUAUUAUCACGUCCUGGAAGCUGAUGGUAAGGGCCGACGACCGAAGUUGAUGCCGAAAGAUGACGAUGAUGACCGUGAGAGCACGGCAAUGACAUCGACCAAGACAACGGCAAAUGAAAAAUUCAAUUGCAAAUCUGUGUCAUGUCUUCGACUUAUUGCAGACAGUAAGAAUAAGGAAGCAAUUCAGCAUCCUGUUGUGCGAAUGUUGGUAGCAAGAAAAUGGAACAAGUUUGGUCGUCGAUGGUUCAGAUUGAAGGGUUUGUUCUUUCUCGUCUUUUUGUUUCUUCUUUCCUUCGCUCUCGUAUACGGCUCUACUCGUAAAGAUCCUUUAAAUUACGACAGUCGCGCAAAUCAAUUUCGUGGUUUUUGCGAAGUUAUGAGUAUCGUGUUCCUUUUCUUGCAUUUUUUGGACGAAUUGGAUGAAGUGAAGAGGGAAGGUCGGACAUAUUUUAUGAUGUUCGAUAACUACCUUGACAUGGCUGGCAUUUUCUUGACAUUUCUUGUCGUUCCUUUGCGUUUUGUUGAAAUGAAAUGGCAAUGGAGUGUGGCAGCAAUUGGAUAUGCUUGUAAUGUUCUUCGUCUUUUCAAAUUUGCCAACGCUUUCAGAAUAACUGGUCUCUACACUACAACGCUGAAGAAUAUUUUGAAAAACGAUAUCACGCGUUUUAUGUCCGUUUUCUUUGUCGUUUUCUUUGGAUUUUGUGGGUCGUUGUACAUUGCUUUGAAAACUGACGAAAUGCAAAGUUCAUUCACCAAUUUUACUUGGCUUCUUUUGGCUGGUUUCCGUGUUCUUGUCGAAGGAGAUUCUGUCGUCGAGGAUUAUGAGGAGUUCGGCUGGUUAGUCAUACUAUUACUCUUGGUCUACAUGGGUCUUGUCGUUGUUUUGCUGCUGAAUGUUCUCAUUGCACAGCUGAGUUGCACCUACGAAGAGGCAAAGAGCUGUGCAAAACUUCAAUAUACCGCUGACACAAUGAAGAUUAUUGCACGACUCGAGCAGAGUUGCAUUACUAGUUUCAUCGAUAACCCAAGAGCGGGGUAUUACAAGGAGCAGGUGUACAUCACAGACGACGAUUUAGGUGACGAGAUGUUAGAAGACAAUGACGACCAAGAUCCUUGGGAAUCUUCAGCAGACCGUGUUGCGCGAAUCAGGGAUGUGGUGUUGAAAGAAAUUCGAGAAGAGAAAGAAGAAGAUCCCAUGGAUGACAUUAGAAAGGAAUUAUUUGAUCUUAAAAUGGCGAUGAAGAAAAAUUGAAUCAACGUGAAGUCAAAUAUGUUUCACAUGAAUUCACAUCUUUACGAGGUCAGCGCGGGACUUUAGAUCGUCUAGCAACAUAAAUUUACUCACAUGUACGAGAAAUCUGAUUAUCUCAAUUUUAUGGUUUCUUAAUGCAGUUGUUUUCAAAAUUUUUAACUUUGAUAUUUACAAAUUCUUACUGCAUUCAAUAUUUCAAAAAUAUCUUGUCCUAUCUAUGUACAUCAUUCCUGUAUUUUCUACAAGUGUUCAUUUGGCUUUUUGCCUGUUUCCUUGUGCAUCUUCCUUUUCACUUGAAUAAAGCCAAACUUCACGAAUGAUGUGAACUUGCGACAAAAA